CAGCAUUUGCUACAUCAUCCACCGAUCAGAAAUACAAUGUGAUUACUUGCCAUCAGACAUAAUUAAAGAUUUACUUUAUUUUAAAGAUUUACUCCGAUUCAUUUUUUAACUUCGGCAGAUGGUCAGGCAAUAUGAUUUCCGGUUUAAUUGGCAGAUGUCGGGUCCAUGUGGAAAAAAAUCAUCUAUUAACACUCAAAGAGACCUCGAGGCAGAGGGCUGAGCCAGUGCUUGGCGGCUGGAUGUAUUUAUCUGGCAAUCAUGUGUUCUGCCGUUUUGGCUCCAAAUGAGUCCAGAGCCACAGGUCAGGAGGGCCACAGUCCCUGAGGUGCAGAGACAACAGGGAAAAACAACACAGAGUCGGUGAAGGUGUAUUGUUUUUCACCCCUUCAUGGCCUUCAUCCCUCAGAUCACUGGCGUUCUUCUAAAUGGGGUGAGAGGACUGAACCUGUGUAAGUACACAGGUUCAUAUUUGCAAAUGUGUUUUACUUCCUCGGUUAGACAUGCCUUAAUUAUGAGGUUUGCUCGCUUUGAGGUGAACUGCUCAGUGGUGACAGGUGUGAUUGUCUCUGGUGGAGGCUUUGUGCAGUACAUCUGUCUGGCAAAUUAUAUUCUACUAUCAAGUGAAAUUAAGUCUUUAAGUCGAUUGUGAAUUAAUCAGACUGACGCAUGGGCUUUUUUUGUCACAGUUUUUCUGAAUGUAACAUUGACGUAUGAGCCAGUCUGAUCAGGGACGCUGUGUGUUCCCAGGGGUCGGCUGUGCUGCUGUUGUGUGAUAAUAUCUCUGUUUGAAGAGGUACUCACGGUCUCUCAUCGCUGAUCCAGGUCAACAGGCAAUCACCCAUUUGAAUAAACAGCAUGAAUCAGUCUGUUGUUGCAUCUGUCCAACGCAUGGAGUGUUUAUUUGGUUUUUACAGGCAUGUGUGUGUGAAAAAAGAAUUUGAUUUUGAAAAUUGCGUGUGGUGCAUGUGUCUAACCUUUGUGCUAUGGUUGGUGAUUACAGGUAAUCCUUCCACCAGCCAAAGCAAAAAAACCAUAAAGCAGCGAUUCCUCAAGCUGCUGCCAUGCUGCAAGCCCGAGGCUGCCCCUUCUAUCAGUCAAAACAGCGUGGAAGAUGAUUUUGAGUUAUCCACUGUGUGUCAUCGCCCUGAAAGCAUGGACAAGCUUCAGGAGCAGACUAAGUUCACCAAAAAAGAGCUGCAAGUCCUCUACAGGGGCUUCAAAAAUGAGUGUCCAUGUGGUGUGGUGAAUGAGGAGAACUUUAAGACAAUUUAUUCCCAGUUCUUUCCACAGGGAGAUUCAAGUAUGUAUGCACAUUUCCUGUUUGAAGCUUUCGACACUAACAAGAACGGCUCUAUUAGUUUCGAGGACUUUGUAUUUGGCCUGUCUAUUAUCCUGAGAGGGACCAUAAAUGACCGGUUAAACUGGGCGUUUAACCUCUAUGACCUUAACAAAGAUGGCUGCAUCACCAAAGAGGAGAUGUUGGACAUCAUGAGGUCCAUCUAUGACAUGAUGGGGAAGUACACAUACCCCUCCAUGCAGGACGAUGUUCCACGAGAACAUGUGGAGAGCUUCUUCCAGAAAAUGGACCGGAAUAAAGACGGCGUGGUCACCAUAGAAGAGUUCAUAGAGUCAUGCAAAAAGGAUGAGAGCAUAAUGCAGUCCAUGCAGCUGUUUGACAACGUCAUCUAGGAACCUGGAUCAGAGUCCCUGGCACCAGGGAGGGGAGUAUGUGUGUGGAUGAGAGGAUUUGGGAUUAAAAAGAGACGAAGAGAAUUUGUGAAUGUGUGAGUAUGUGUGGCCUUUUUCUGACUUGCAAGCUUGUGCUUGUGUGUCUGUUGAGAGCUGUGAGUCCUGAGGACACCGAGAGACUGUCUCCCUCUACCCUGACCCCGGGACAUUUGCCCAGCAACAAUGGAGUUUUCGUGACUUCCAUCAUCAUGCAGAACCUUAGUUUUACCCCGGAGGCACAGAGUAAGAAGGACAGCAGUGGGAUCACAGGCACUGGCACACACCUGUUUUGUUUGAACUGUUAUGUAUUACUACUGAUGGAGGAUCUAUCGCAGCAUGUGCUGGCUGAACUCAGAGGGCGCAAGUUGCCUCCAAACCUUGAUCUAAGAUCACUAUUCCUAUUUCCCUGUGGUGGCUGAGAUUUGGAUUUGUGAAUCCGAUCCUGCCUCCGUGCAUGUUGGUAAAAUCUCCCUGGAGCCGCAAGACUCCACCGGCCAUGAAUAUAGAAAUGAAUCUGCCGCCAUCUUGUGGACGAAAGAGUGAAAGACACUUCUUGAGGAAACAACUGACACAUUUGAGAUCCAAGCAUUUUGGUUUUACAGAUGGAGGUUCAAUCGUGUUGUUUUCCACGAGGAACUGAUUACAAUAUCGCAUGAUGAUGUCACUAAUAUUCAAUUAUCUAUUUACAGAGAUACUCCAAAGUCUGCUUGUCUGUCUGCUGUUCUUAGUCAUUCACAGGUGCCUCACCCUUUGUGUACAUGUGUGUGCAUAUGUAACAGAAAGAGAUGUCACCCAUUUUUCUCAUGUAAAGGGGCAACACCAACCUCCAUUCAUGGGAUUCUAGUAGAAUAGUUCCCAAGCCUUCCAAACUAUUACAGUUCUAGCUGUAGGUGUCGAUUGACUGUUGUACAUUUUCUAGCAUUCCCAUUGCUGUGAUAUUAGGCAGUACAAUGUGGGGGUUACACUAUACUCAACAAGCUGUUUUUAUCAUCCCAGCCUCCUUUGACAAAGGAAAGGCAUACCACAGUCGUACAAAUCUUUCUUUACAUCAAAGGGGAAUUAUUAGAUUGCAGAUUGUACUUGUGAACCUCUUGUAAUCAGAAAUGUUGUGUGGCUGUAGCAGGUUCUACCACUUAAAAAAUAUUCAAAACCCCCGUUGCAUUAAAUUAGGCUCAUUCAAUUUCAAAGAGGCAUAGUAUGUGUGUGCGUGCUGUUAGUGAGAGACUUAAAAACAUAGUUCCCCUACCCGUCAUUCUCUAUUCUCCCUCUCUCUGUUACACCAAAGAGACCAAAUAUAAAUUACAGACGUUUAUAAAGCUACUUUAAAUAAAGACAAAAGGCCCACCAGUGGGUGAAGAUGCUGUAUUGUCAAUAUGACAAGGGGCAAGCAGAUAUAAAGACAUGUAAUUGGGUAAAAUGUCCAUGUGAUUUUCCUGCACAUUACCCAAAAUCAAGUGUAGUUGAGAGUUGUUAACUGACACUUUAUUAGAAAGGCAUGUGAAUAAUUUGCAACCACCAGAAAUACUGUCUAUCUAUCAGGGUGUAAGAAAGAGGCCCUCAAACGUUGAAUUAAUUGGUUAUUUCCUUAAAAUGCAGAGAGACUGACAUGGAGUAGCAAUAAUGUCCACCCCUUAUCAGCACUUUUCCACCCAUUCAACCUCGCAAUCUUCUCAGAGCAGUGACAGGGAGCACUAUGGCCCUGAUGACAAUAUGCACUUCCAGCCCUGCAAUUUUCUUUUUUUCUGUUCUUCAUUUGUUUUCAUCUGGGGUUAAAGUGGUUUGACUCUGAUUGUUCCUUGCCAAUCGUUUUAAGAUUUUAUUCCAGACCACAAGUAAAACCAGUCUAUACCCGCAUGUACUGUGUCUAGAACAAUGAGAACCUACUAACCCGUUGUACUGACUGUCUAGUUAGCUAGCCUCAACCGGUUGCAUAAAGUAUCCAAAAUGUGUAUAUUUUGUACAGAGACAAUAAAAAUCACAGUUACUAUGCAAAA